GCAUAGGGCAAUGUGGCGUGUUACGAAAGGAAAAAAAUUGGAAGUUGCUAUAAAAAUACUCAAAGAAGAAGAAUGGUGUUCCACUAAAGAAUUUUUAGAAUUAGCUGGAAAAUGGGGUCAAUUGAGAUCAGGUGCUUUAGUAAGACUGUAUGGUUUAACUGUAACACCAGCGAUUGGAAUGUUAUUAGAAUUAGUAAGACUUGGACCAUUAGAUGCAUACUUACGUAGCACUUCUCCACAAACUAUAAAAACAGUUGAUAUGGUUGAAGCAGCUGCAUGUUUAGCCAAUGCACUAUGGCAUUUGGAGGAAAAUGGUGUUAUUCAUGGAAACAUUAGAUGUAAAAAACUUCUUGUUCAUGCACACACAGAUAAUAGUUUCAUAGUUAAAUUAGCUGAUCCUGGUCUUUUUAUUUAUACAGAUAAGGAUGUACAUUGGUUGCCACCUGAAUUUUAUUCAAAUCCGGAAAUUGCAAAAUGUAAUUUCCAAACAGAUAUAUGGGCUGUAAGCACUACAGUUUGGCAAAUUUUUUCAAGGGGAGCAGAACCUCCCACAUACCAUGACCUGAAUAUUGUGAAAAAGUAUUAUGAAAGUGGUAAACGUUUGCCUAUACCAAGUAGCUGUCCAGUAGAAGUUUAUAAAUUAAUGUUAGAAUGUUGGGGUGAAUCUAAUGGUAUAAGAAAACAGCCUCAAGCAAUAAUGCGUGAUAUCAAUCAAAUUCUCUAUCAAGUAUACAAUUCAAGAAGAACGCACGCAUAUGCGACUGCAUUUCCUAAACUAUUUAGUGAUUCUGAUCAUAUACAUGAAGAUGAUUCUGAUACAAUAGACGAUAAAUCCAUAAAUUCAGAAUCACAUGCAAGUAGUCUUAUUACUGAUAGAACUAGUUUACCUUGGGAUGAUAUCGAUGACAACACAAAAGAAUUAAUUAACAUUAAUGAAAGUUACACCGGUAGUGCUGAAGAACUUUCAAAUUAUUUAAGUUGGUUAAAAAGUACAGCCAGAGAUAUAGAAAGUUGUAACGAUCGAUCAAUGGCAGGUGUUAUUAACUGUUCAGAUCGUACAACACAUGCUCUUCGUAUUACUCAUGAUGGUAGUAUCGGCGACGUUAGCAUAGUUAAUAAUAAUUGUAGUAGUGUAAGCGACGAUGGCACUCGAAUGCAAAAUAUUUUUGAGUUGAAUGCGGAUUGUUAUAUUAUUCUACAAGGUCGAAUAGGCCAAGGAUUUUAUGGUGAAGUUUAUAAAGGUAUACUGGAAAGGGAUGGCGGAAAAGAUAUAGAACCACAACAAGUGGCUGUAAAAAAGUUGAAAACUCGUGCUUUAGAAGCCGAUUUACGUGAUUUUGAAAGAGAAAUAUCUAUUAUGAAGACUCUAAAACAUCCAAAUGUCGUAGAAAUUUUGGGUGUCAUAUCAGAACCUGAAGUAUGUUUAGUAAUGGAAUUUGUAAAACAUGGAUCACUUCAAAGUUACUUAGCUUUACAUCGACAAACACUUACUCAUAAAAAAUUACUUGGUUUUGCCUUAGAUAUUGCCACUGGUAUGGAUUAUCUAGGACAUAAAAGUAUUGUUCACAGAGAUCUUGCUGCAAGAAAUAUCUUGGUUGCAGAUGAGAGUAAGGUGAAAAUUAGUGACUUUGGUCUGGCUCAAGUAACUGGAAAAAAUGAUUACUACAUACUUCAAACUAAUCGAGAUCUCCCAAUAAAAUGGUAUGCACCUGAAAGUUUAAGAGAUGGAAAAUUUUCACCACGUUCAGAUGUUUGGUCGUUUGGUGUAACAAUGUAUGAAACAUUUGGCUUAGGUAAAGAUCCAAAGUUACCGGGUAUCGUUUCAGAUGUUAGAGAUAAAAGUGCAAAUGAAAUCAGUGAUUCUGAGAUAGGUAUAGAAGAAGGAAGUGCAGAAUUAUUAGCAGCUCUUGAAAGAGGUACUAGGCUUCCUUGUCCACCAACUUGUCCGCAACAAAUUUACGUCAAACUUAUGUAUCCAUGUUGGUACUUACAUAGUCAUAAGAGACCAGAUUUUGCAUCUCUCUGUAGAGAUAUUAGAGAACUGCUUAACCAUUAUUAAAAUAUUAAUAGGAAUAGUUUUAAAUAAUCGUGUUCCUUAAGGAAUAAAUAUCUAGUCGACGAUUUUAUUCGCGACGUGUUAUGUAUUAAAAAUAUACUAAAUAUUUUGUUUUAAAAA